UAUAUAGCGCCUUUCCCAUUCACCAUAAUCCCGCACACCAUAUACACUUUGGAGUGUUCAUUUAACAUUUACAUCGUUGUUGUGUUGACAUCAGCUAUCUCGUUUAUAAUCUCUGCUCUUAACCUAAGCACUUUGCACAUUAAUGUUCUCCUGGCUCUUUCAGGAACAUCAACUUCUCUGAGGAAUGAGGAAGUGAUUUUUCCUAGAGUUUUUUUUUUGGGGGGGGUGGUCAUCAUUAGCAUGUAAGAAACUAUAAAAGCAAACCGAGAACGAAAGCAAAAUAAUAAAACAAGCUACGGAAGAUGUCAGCAGCCGGCAUGCUGGUGCUCCUCGUGCCAUGGAGUGUCUUCUCCAUGGGACUGUCACUCAGCCUGCAGGGUGGGCUCAUGACAUUCACGCCGAAAGGGAUGUAUCCGGAUGGCACAUAUCGGGUUGAUUUUCGAUACAAAGAAUCUUACCGAAAUUACUGCCAUCAAGAGUUUUCCUGGGACUGCAGCAGCGGGGACUGCGGCUACACGAGAGAACUCCGAUACGGGCAGAUAGACAGCAGCCCACUGGGGGACUCCUGGUGCCAGGCUGAAGGCUUCAUGUCGAGAAGUGUCCCCGGUGACAAGCCGUUUGAUCUGAGUGAAAACGGCUGCUGUUGGUUCUUCUAUUUAAAUGAAUACCCAAGCUGGAUGCUUUCAACUCACGUGGACCUGGGUGUCAGAUCCGACACUGGAAUUCCUAACAGAUCUCCAGUCACAACACUCCCUCCAAGGCUAAGAGUCCCACAAAACUGCCCCACCACCUACUCAAUGCUGGCCUAUGACCCUGAUGGUGACCAUGUGAAAUGUAGAUAUGGAAAGUCAAACAACAGUGAGUGCUCCAUCUGUGCUCAACCAGCUGGCUUUGGACUAAAUGAGAUUCUGUGUGAACUUUCUUACUAUGGCUCACAAUCUGGGGAAUACAUGUUUGAACUUGUUAUGGAAGAUUUUCCACAGCGGCAUAUUCAGUUACAAUACAGUGAUGGCUCGGCAGUGAGUAAAUCCCCCCUUUAUUCAGUCAGGAAACGUAAAAGAAGAGAAACAAAUCUUUAUACAACAACAACAACCCCAAGCAGCACUGAGUGGUCAACAACUGUGGAAACAACAACAACAGCUCCUUAUACAACAACCCCAAGGAACUCGGAGUUGACAAUGAAUUACGUUCCAACAUUACCAGCUGCUUUAAUGACAAGUCCAGGAAGCUGGCCCCAGUGGUUCUGGUUGUGGUGGAAUCAACAUUCCACAACAACAGCUACUUAUACAACAACAACCCCAAGCAACUCUGAAUGGUCAACGACUACGGAAACAAUAACAACAGCUCCUUCCACUUCAACUUCAAGCAAUUGGUGGUGGUCCACAACUGAACAAACAGCAACAACAGCUCCUUAUACAACAACCCCAAGCAACUCAGAGUUGACAAUGAAUUAUGUUCCAACAUUACCAGCUGCUUUAAUGACAAGUCCAGGAAGCUGGCCCCAGUGGUUCUGGUUGUGGUGGAAUCAACAUUCCACAACAACAGCUACUUAUACAACAACAACCCCAAGCAACUCUGAAUGGUCAACGACUACGGAAACAAUAACAACAGCUCCUUCCACUUCAACUUCAAGCAAUUGGUGGUGGUCAACAACUGAACCAACAGCAACAACAGCUCCUUAUACAAUAACUCCAAGCAACUCGGAGUUGACAAUGAAUUAUGUUCCAACAUUACCAGCUGCUUUAAUGACAAGUCCAGGAAGCUGGCCCCAGUGGUUCUGGUUGUGGUGGAAUCAACAUUCCACAACAACAGCUACUUAUACAACAACAACCCCAAGCAACUCUGAAUGGUCAACGACUAUGGAAACAAUAACAACAGCUCCUUCCACUUCAACUUCAAGCAAUUGGUGGUGGUCAACAACUGAACCAACAGCAACAACAGCUCCUUAUACAACAAUACCAACCCCUUAUACAACUAGCCAAAGUGGUUGGAGGCCUACCACCCAAACAUCAACAUACUCACCACCUACAGACUACAACCCACUAAGUAAAAUACCCAUCCAGUUCAUUGUGGAAGUUAUUUCUUCAGUGCCCAGCUGCAACUUUGGGGAUUACAGGCCUCAGUAUUUGAGCCCUACGCCUUCCCACGGACAAAUCCGAAAAGCGUUUGUCAAUAGUCAGUUUCAGUUCACCAUCAGGGCACAAGCAUCAUAUGCUGUCAUAGACAACAUUAUGAUCAGUGGCCCUUUGAAUAUAACAAAAUCAUACCAGUAUGAUAACCAGACACGCAUUGGAGAAGCACAGGUGACAUGGACACCUUCCGAAAAUGACCAAGGCGAGUCCAUCCCCAUUUGUUUCUUUGCUGAGACUCACGAAGGGUACCAGUCUGAGCUGAGAUGUGUGGUAGUGACAGUAGGAAGACACAACUUUCUCCCAUUGAAUGCUGAGGCCAGCGUUGUGUGCACUGAGACGACGAUGUCCAUGUUUGUGCUGAAGUCUUCUGUUCCAGGUCUUAAUGAACAAUACAUGCGACUUAAUGACCCCCGCUGCUCACUCACAUCUAACUCAACACAUCUGAUCGCAAGUGUAUCUCUCAACUCCUGUGGCACUCGUUAUCAGGAAAAUGAUACAGAGAUAAUAUUCCAAAAUGAGAUUACAAAGUUUGAUCAACCCAAUCAAGUCAUAAGCAGAAAAAACCAGGUCGAGAUUCCUUUCAGUUGUUCUUACCCUAAAAUAGGGACAGCAUCUGCUACCUUCUCUCCUCACAAAGCCAACUACCUGUUCUCUGAAGCUGGCUUUGGCUCUUUCACCUUCGUGUUUGAGUUUUAUGAUAGCAGCAACUUCACAAGCAUCAUCGACCCCAGCGAGUACCCGAUUGAGGUGGAACUUGGGCAGAUGUUGUACAUGAGCAUCAGUGUGGAGUCGCAGCUUGAUAACAUCGUGCUGUUUGUUCAGGACUGUAGAGCCACGCCUCAUGAUGACCCCAAUGACCCAACCUACUAUGACAUCAUUUCAGACGGGUGUGUUCAGGAUGACACGACAAUCAUCUUCCCCAGCAACCAAACAGAGUUCAGAUUUGGAAUGGCGGCCUUCACUUUUAUCGGGGAUUACAGCCAGGUGUACAUGACCUGUACAGUCAUUCUGUGUACUGUUGGAAGUCCUGGAACCCGAUGCUCUCAGGGCUGUGUUAACAGCACAUCUGCUGUGCCCAGAUACAGGAGAUCAUUGGCUUCAGAAAGUCAGGAACACUUCAUCUCUCAGGGACCACUCUACCUUGAAAGAAAGAAUCAGUACAACGAUAAGCUCAGUCUGAAUCCAAACAGCCUUGUCAUUGUGGUGGGCUUCAUUGCAGCUGUGGCUGCCGUGGCUGGUAUCGUGAUUUAUAAGAUAAAAAUGUCAAAGGUGGUCCAAUAUGAACGUCUUCCUCCUUCAGAGUGCUGAGCAUCUUUAGAAUGAGUUGUGACCUCGGCGGAUUUGGGCAAAAAGAGGAGAAAUUACUGGGAGGAGGCCGUAAGUGCUUGUCUGAAAAAUAGACGUUGACCUGGUGAUAUGGUGGGGAGAAUCAGACUCGGACUGAGGUGGCUUUAAAAGCCACAGUUAGAUUACAUUUGAUUAUUUUUUUGCUUUAAAAUACUACAGGUGUCCAUUCACAGAGAGUGAAUAUUGAUAGCAAGUACUCUACUUAGAACAUUCUAGAUGAGAACAGGCCAUUCAGCUCAACAAAGCUCGCCAGUCCUAUCCACUUAUUUCUUC